AUGGCGUUGAGGAAAAACUGGGUAUUGCUAUCCUUCAAAGACAACGUCGUCUAUGGCUUCAACAGCAGCCGCGGCAGCAGCAGCAGCAGCUCGAUCUCGAACAACCGAGCCUGGCAUAUCCGCAAGCACAUGGUCUAUCGCGAGUAUCAGGAUGACUCCAACCGGUCCUUCUACUGGCUGGAGCGACAGAGCUCCUGUGCCGAUAAAGGCGGAUGCUGCGGGCGUGGCUGCAGAUCUGAGGACUCUGAAGACUCGUCGAAAAACUUGCUGAGGUUUAUGGUCAUUGCACGGUUGAAUGUCCUUGCUGCAUCGAAGUUUCGGGGACGAUAUACUCCUCAUGCGAAGCUUCCGAAGCCCCUAAGUAGCAGGGAUUACUGA